AUGUUCUCUGGUCCGAUAUACUACAACCAUACUGUGAGUGAUCAAUCUGAUCACCACAGUGGCGAUAGGGGCGCCUCUCGCACGUAUCCAGGCGACCUGUCGUCGCAGUAUGCUAUGAAAUAUGGUUGGAGUAUCAUUGAUGAUGUUAAGAUUUCUACCUUCGUUGGACACACGUUGUCCGGGUCCCGUAGAGGGACUGUUUGUGUUAAUACUGCCGAACCUCGUACUAUGCUUUUUGAAGGUCGGCGCUUCGGAAUAGACUACCUCCCAACGAUCUUGUCACAUACCAGAUAUUCGGAUCGAAGAUCUACUAUUAUAAACGUACCAUCAAGCACAGAGACUGCUGACUUGUGUCGCAUUUUUACUUGGGCGAAGCUUUCGAGUGGCCAUACCUACAAUACUGGCGAUGAAGAAAGUGAAGAAGAUGAUGUCUCUGGUAGAGUUGCUGAGGUCGCUGAUGAGAUAUGCACUGCGUUUCCCAUUACGGCUAGAACUGCGGGCCAAACACUUCCUAAAGGGUUGAGGAGGUCACCAAGUGGGCGGCUGAGGACUGUCAUGGAUACUCUCACUGAUAUAUCGAUUCAUGAUGUGACUCCCCGCAUAGGGUCCGCCGCCGAGGCUGGUCGGGAUGAUAAAAAGCCUUGCACGGGCUUCGCGAUGGAAGGUGAGAUGCCCACAGAGAAGCCCGUGGCUUCCGUCGAGAUCGACACUACCUCCUCCUCUUCCUUAAAGGAGGAGGAUGAUGAUGAGUCGGUUGAAGAGAUCCCUUCUAUUAAGAUAUCCAAGGCACCUACCUCUACUAUAUACGAGAUAGGAGACGGGAGUAGUUCUCCUGCUGUUGCCGCCGAGCCGCCUUCCGUCCGUGGCGCUGCUGCAUCUACUACUACUGCUGCUAUUUUUGCUAUCGUCUCGGCCUAUGGCUGUUGA